UUUUGCCCUUGGCAGGAAUCACUGUUGGAAGAGAUGGCGAUGAGCCUGGGUCCUUUGUCGUUGGUCUUCAUGCUGAGUCUGAUUGUGAUCCCUCCCACUCUGGCUGAGAAUGAAAGGUACAGACAUUUCCUGACUCAGCACUUUGAUGCCAAUCCACCUGGCCGGAACGACAGAUACUGCGAAACUAUAAUGAGUCAAAGAGGCCUAACCUCACCUUGCAAAGCUGUCAACACCUUUAUCCAUGGCAACAGUAACAACAUCAAGGCCGUCUGUGGAAAUAAUGGAAGCCUUUAUGAAGGAAACUUAAGAAAGAGUGAUUCUACCUUCCAGGUCACCACAUGCACACACAGAGGAGGGAAUACCCGGCCUCCAUGCCGGUACCGAGCCUCUAGAGAUUCCAGAUAUAUUGUUAUUGGCUGUGAAGGUGACUGGCCUGUCCACUUUGAUGAAACUAUUAUCCGUGCAUAG